GUUCGUGCUCCACUUUCCUUUCUUCUGACCUAUCUAAAUUCCCUAAAUUCUACUCUUUUUUUCCUUCCAGUAAUAGCUAGAACAAAUUUUGUAAUUGUACGCAUAAUUGAGGAAGAAAAGAGAGAUAAUUAGGUUUUAUAGGUGAAAUUGUGGAGAAAUGAGGAGCAUAAUGGGUGAUUAUGAGGAGACGGAGCUGCGGUUGGGUUUGCCCGGAGCCGGAGGAGGUGGAAAUGAAGGAGAAACAUCCAGGAAUAGUAGCGGGAAGAGAGGAUUCUUGGAAACUGUUGAUUUGAAUUUGAAUCUGAAUAACAGUUCUGAUGGAAAUCAAGUUGAGGAUAUGAAACAGAAGAAUCCAAUUCCGGCAUCCACUGAUUCUGCUAAACCACCUAACAAGGCCCAAGUUGUGGGAUGGCCGCCAGUUCGAUCGUUCAGAAAGAACGUUCUUUCCGUCCAAAAGAACACCACCGCCACCGAUGAUAACAAAUCUGGUGGCAGCAGCAUGGCGUUUGUGAAAGUCUGCGUGGAUGGUGCACCGUACCUCCGUAAGGUGGACUUAAAAAUGUACCAGAGCUACCAACAACUAUAUGAUGCCCUAAGCAAAAUGUUCAGCUCAUUCACCAUUGGUAAUUGUGGUUCUCAAGGACUAAAAGACUUUAUGAACGAGAGCAAAUUGAUUGAUCUUUUGAAUGGUUCUGAUUGUGUACCUACUUAUGAAGACAAAGAUGGAGAUUGGAUGCUCGUAGGUGAUGUUCCAUGGGAGAUGUUUGUUGAUUCAUGCAAACGUAUACGUAUAAUGAAGGGUUCAGAAGCGAUUGGACUAGCACCAAGAACAGUUGAAAGGUGCAAGAAUAGAGGCUGAAACCAUUUCCUGCAAAUCCUUCACCACAGUACCUAGCAUGGACGAUCAGAUGAUGGCUGGAUCGAGCGGGACCAAGCCUCAUGAUUGAUUAUGUCUGUAUUUCUGUUUGAUCCAGUAUAUGUAUCUAUACACUGUUUGUUAAGGGAAAAAAUUGCAUAGUUGAAUCCUACUCGACCAUCUUUAGGUGGUGGUCCAUGACAGCCUUGCUGGAAUAGUAUUUGUAAACAUGCAAUUGUGUGUUAAUUCUCCACAAAUUCGGCUAUCCUUCUUAUUUUUGUAUGCAAAUUCUCUGCUUGUAUCAUAUAAUUAAUGAAUGAACUGUUGAUUAUUAUGCAAACAA